CUCAGCGGCCAGCCCAGCUCCAGUGCCAACACCUGCCAUAGAUAAGCUAGUUGUGACAAACCCCGCUCGCUCCUACCUCAUCCUCAAAAACACUUCACUUGCACUUGCAUCUUCAGAACUUCUCAAAGUCAAUCAAUCAAUCCCAGAAAAGGAAUUCCCAUCAACUCUUUCUAAAUUUACCUUGUAACCUUCGCCUUGCGAGCGGGCAACUUCCUCCGCUGAUUCUCCACUCUGAUAUUCCAAGGAGGAUCUGCAUUGCACCAAUCUACCGCUUCCACCCCUGUCAACCCCGGCCCCAGCCAAAAAUUGUUCAGGAGAGGAGGUGCCGGAAGCUGUCCUCUUUUGUUCUACCACGUCCUUCCAGGUUCGCGACCGGGAACUACUGCCAACAACACCAUUUCCCGUCCUAUCUUUUGAGCGCGUCUGGAAUUCGUCAACGACAUACCUACAACCUAUCCCAUAAUCAGUUUUCUUAUCAAAGAAAGCCCAACACCACACCACACUGGAAUGUCUUCCCCCUCUUCCCCAGGUUCCGGUUCAGGAGCGGGAAAACGAAAAAGAACCUCCACUGCCUCUUCCACCAAGAAGGCAUCUGUGAUGGACCAGUUACAGCCUUCAUCUCGAGAUGCUUCUGGCGAAGAGGGCGAGUUUACAGGGCCCGACUCUGCCAACCUGAAUUCAAGAAAGGGCCCAUUGGUGGACGCGACGAACAAUCCUCCUGCCAAAAGACUCCGCUCAUCGACGCACGAAAAGAUCAACACCAAUGGAUCUGAUCCAGGAGAGCCAUCUGAUACAACUGAGGCCAGCACAGAUAUUGCCAACAGAGUUGCGCGCAAAGGACGAAAGAGCUUUUCCAAAGAUGCGGAAUCAAUGGCACCACCUCCAAUUGGAGCGUUGACUGACCCCGUUGGAUACAAGACCAAUCCUCCACCCACUGGAAGAGCCGUCCGCGUAUACGCAGAUGGUGUUUUCGACUUAUUUCAUCUAGGGUAUGUCUAUCUCUACGGUUUGCCUGAAACACCAACUUUUUGCUAAUCGUUACAUCUCAGGCACAUGCGGCAGCUGGAGCAAGCUAAAAAAGCAUUUCCCGAAACUUACCUGAUCGUUGGUGUAACCGGAGACGCAGAAACCCACAAGCGUAAAGGACUCACUGUUCUGAGUGGUCAGGAACGUGCAGAGACCGUUAGACAUUGCAAGUGGGUCGACGAAGUGAUUGAAGAUUGUCCUUGGAUUGUCACACCAGGCUUUCUUACUGACAACAAGAUUGAUUAUGUCGCCCACGACGACCUUCCAUACGGUGCUGACGAGGGUGAUGAUAUCUAUAAGCCCAUCAAGGAGGCAGGAAUGUUCCUUGUCACUCAGAGAACAGAAGGUGUCAGCACAACCGGAAUUAUCACAAAGUAAGCCUAGAAAGUUUUGCGUUCAGAAACCAUGUUAAUGAUUAUUAGGAUCGUUCGCGACUACGAAAAAUACAUCAGCCGUCAAUUCAAGCGCGGAACUUCUCGUCAGGAACUUAACGUAUCAUGGCUCAAAAAGAAUGAGUUGGACUUGAAGCGUCAUGUUGCAGAAAUGAGAGAUGCCAUUCGCAAUAACUGGAGUACUACUGGACAAGAAUUGGGCAAGGAAAUUAGACAAUUCUGGCAAGCCAGCCGACCUGGUAGCCCCGCCAGACUUUCAAGUUACGACGAUACAAAUAAGUCAUCGGGAUCUCUCACAAGCCCAUCGGCGCUAUCGCAUCUUAGUCGCCGUCUUGAAAUACCUAGAGCGGAUAGUCCCGGUGGUCCUGGAAGUGACUUUGCUACCGGAUAUAGUUUGGGAUUGAUUGGAGGCGUCAGAUCAUGGGUAAGCUAGGUUCCAUCUUUUAAAUGCAAUCAUGUGGCUAACAUCAAUUUCAGAUGACGAGAAGCCGCCAAUCAAAUAGGGAAAGCCCUCAUGGAAGUGACAGUAGCGAAGAGGAUAGUGAUGAGAGGUCGCCUAGGCGAGGACGUCAGAGUAAAGACUCCGACGAUGCAGAGGAGCGAAAGGUUGAUGCUCAAAUUGAUGUCUUGAUGGAUGAAAACUCAAAGGCAUCUGGUGCUUAGUGGGAGUCAUGAUUUCAUGAUGGUUUGUAUACGAGAAAAUUGCUUCGUUUGACGAGGUUCCUACGACUCUACUCUUCUUCUCUUUCCCAGUACAAAACUUUAAUUUUGGUAGAGAUGCGUUUUUGUAUUAAUGAUAGACUUCAAAGACGUCUGGUACACGUGGGAGUUCUGGGGGCUAAUGAAGAGAAUGGUAGUAGAAUAAAUUACGUUGCGUUAAGAGCU